AUGACUUUUACCACAGUCCCACACAGAAAUUCUGAUCCCGAAUGCAAACAAAGUCCUACAGCGCGCCCGAGGUUCAAUUCGCAAGUCACCGCGGACCGGUUAAGAGAGAGCUUGACGUUCCCAACACUCCCCAUGUCUAGCAAGCUUAGGGAAGGACGGCAAUCAAUGUUCAUUGAGGUAGGAUUGUUUGGAGAGGAACAGGACGGCCAGCAGGAUCAGCAAGACAUGACUUCCGAGGGCCGUGAAGAGGUUGAACCAAGUGAAAGAAUAGAAUCGGCCUCAGAGGUGGCAUCGCCAGUCGAAAAGAAGACCCCUGAUAGUGAGGAUUCGUCGAAAGGGAAAGUGAAGUGGUACUCUAAAUUGGCACCGAAGAGGCGUCCAAGAAUCAAAACAGCUUCCAGUGCGCCACCUCCCACUUUUACAGGGCUAUACAGGCUCCCCAUGAUCCUUCUACUUAUUGCAGUUAUUCUUCCCACUAUUAGUUUUCAUAAUGGCCGCCAGAAGAUUGAGAUUAGCGGCGCAGACGCAGGGGUGACUAAACCAGCCCCGAGUAUCGUCCUCGAAAACCGCCAGAAUAGCCCUACUAGUGUCUGCACAAGAUGGGCCGCCCAAAGUGCUCUCAUCAAUGGGACAAUAUAUUACUACGGUGGCCGGGCGAAAACUACUGGCGAUCAGGAAACAAACACGUGGAAUAACGACUUCAUUGCCCUUGAUGUCACUAAAUCAUGGGAUAUCAGCUCCCCAGCUCUGACAGGCCUCCCGCAACCAUCGGGCCCCCCAGCCGUGUCCCUCGGUUAUCUUUGGAACGACUUGAAUCGUCUAUAUCUAUAUGGCGGCGAAUUUUCCGACAGCCCCGUAACGCUGCCAUCCACGAUUUCGACAUGGGUAUAUGAUGUUGCUUCUUCGACAUGGACCGAGGUUGAAGAUCCCAAAACGUCAGCCGGGAACUACUCAGAUCCUGAAGGCGUUCUAGUACAACGCGCCGCAGAAGGAGCUGGAGUUUCUGUCCCCGAAUUAGGCGUCAGCUGGUAUUUCGGUGGUCAUCUAGACUGGGCCACCACGCCGGGCUGGUCAAACCAGGUCGGUCGUGUCUACUUGAAGAGCCUACUUGAGUUUACGCACCCCGGCUAUGCGAAUUCCGGGGUCGACUCACUCCGUUCCUCUGGCGCUCCUACCGGAGGAGCUUAUCGCAACAUCACUUGGGGCGGGAUUCAAAAUCAAGAAGGUUUUAGCGAACGAGCCGACGGUGUUCUCGUGUACGUUCCUGGCUGGGGGCCUAAUGGAAUUUUACUCGGCCUAGGCGGAGGAGUAGUCAGUGGCGACGAAACUACCGAUGCCUUCUCCUCCAUGAGCACCAUCGAUGUUUACGACAUCAAGACGAGCACUUGGUACCACCAACAGACUUCCGGCGAAGCGCCCCAGGUAAGGGUCAAUCCGUGCGCGGUCAUCUAUUCAGCCUCCGACGCCAGCUCAUUCAACAUCUACAUGUACGGAGGACAAAACCUGCUUCCGUACGGUAACCAGACUCAAUAUACGGAUAUGUGGAUCCUGACUGUCCCUUCAUUCACCUGGAUCAAAGUCGACACCACCACAAGUACGCAGCCGCCUGCUCGAGCCGGUCAUCAAUGUGCUGCCCGGGAUGGUCAGAUGAUCGUGAUCGGCGGUUACGUCGGUACCGAGAUCGCCUGCGACAGCCCCGGUAUCUACAACUUCGACUCCUCGAACCUGAAAUGGAAGAGCUCCUUCGACGCGGCAGACCAUCCGGCGGACGCGCACCCGGACAACAGCGUCCUCGCCGGCAGCUACGGGUAUAAAGUCCCCGGCGUCGUACAAUCAGUGAUAGGAGGUUCAUCCGACGGCGGCGCAACCGCAACGCAACCGGCCUCCGGACCCGCCACCGACGGCCCUUUCAAAACCGGCGUGCCGCCCGUCUUCACCAUCACCCAAGCCGGCAGCACCGCGACCAUCACCAACGGCCCCGGCGCCACAGGCUACAACCCCAACGGCGCCCCGACCGCGGCCCCCGCGGGCGCUAAAGGGGGUCUGAUCACCGCCGGCGUGAUCGCCGGGCUCGCGGGCCUCGCCGCCCUGUACCUCGGCUUCUGCGCGUGGCUGUACCGCCGCCAGGUCGCGGCGUACAAGCGGCACAUGGCGGUCGCGAACCGGUACUCGGGCGCCACAACCGCAACAACAGCGGCAGGAGCAGCGGACGAUGACAACAACCCCCUUACCACCACCGCCGCCAACAACAACAACAAUAACAACAACGAUAAUCACAAUGUUAACGGGUUUAGCGCGGCCGGUCUACGCGAAAAACUGCGCAAGAGCCGGCAGCCCCAAAGCAGCGCCGGCGCCGGCGUCGAGCGCUUCGGCUGGGUCGGCCAACAACUAGGCGAGCCGAAAUGGACGCCGGGCCGCGAGGGCGAGGACCGCAGCCCGGGGACCUCGGGGUCGGGGAACGGGUCGGGGAGGCCGAGGCCGAGCGAGGAUAGGUAUCCGUGGGGGUACGACAGCUACGGGUUCGGCGGAGGCGCGGGGGCAGGGGGUGUGAGCCGAUCGAAGAGCAGCGCGACGCGCAGCACGGCGAGCGGGAGCUCGGCGGAGGCGCUGCUCGAUGGGCGGGAGCCGAAUUUUAUUAGUGUGGUUUUGGGCCCGAGACGGGCGUUGCGCGUGGUUAAUGGGAUGGAGAUGGAGGAGUCGUGA